AGUGUGUUGUAUUGUAUUGUAUGAUGACUGUACAAUCAAAACGAAAAUGUUAAAAGCUUCAAAUCCCCGUCUUUACGGUGACACCAACUGGUGGUUUCACGACUCCCGACGCCGGACGUCCUCACCUCAAAGGACCACAAGUCUUCUUUAAUCUCACUUUUCCUUUUGAGAAAUCACUGGAAGAAGUGAUAGCACGCCACUCAUGGAUAACAGAGGAACACUCAAGUCUUCAAGUUCGGAAUUGGAUCUUGAUCGACCCAACAUUGAGGAUUACCUACCAUCAGGAGCCGCCAUUCAACAAGAACCCCGUGGCAAGCUUCGCCUGCAUGAUAUACUCGAUAUUUCUCCUACUUUAUCUGAGGCAGCUGGUGCUAUUGUAGAUGACUCAUUCACAAGAUGUUUCAAGUCAAAUCCUCCAGAACCAUGGAAUUGGAAUAUUUAUUUGUUUCCUUUGUGGUGUUUUGGAGUAUUGGUUCGAUAUUUGCUACUGUUCCCUACAAGGGUUCUAGUGUUAACAAUAGGAUGGAUAAUAUUUCUUUCAUCCUUCAUUCCAGUGCACCUUCUAUUGAAAGGACAUGACAAGUUGAGGAGGAGUAUUGAGAGGUCUUUGGUAGAGAUGAUGUGCAGUUUCUUUGUUGCAUCUUGGACUGGUGUUGUCAAGUACCAUGGGCCAAAGCCCAGCAGGCGACCAAAACAGGUUUUUGUGGCCAACCACACUUCCAUGAUUGAUUUCAUUAUCUUAGAACAGAUGACUGCUUUUGCUGUUAUUAUGCAGAAGCAUCCUGGAUGGGUUGGAUUGUUGCAAAGCACAAUUUUGGAGAGUGUAGGAUGUAUCUGGUUCAAUAGAACAGAGGCCAAGGAUCGAGAAAUUGUUGCAAGAAAAUUGAGGGAUCAUGUCCAGGGAGCUGACAACAAUCCUCUCCUCAUAUUUCCUGAGGGAACUUGUGUAAAUAAUCACUAUACAGUCAUGUUCAAGAAGGGUGCAUUCGAGCUUGGCUGCACAGUUUGUCCAGUUGCAAUCAAGUACAACAAAAUUUUUGUCGAUGCUUUUUGGAAUAGUCGAAAGCAAUCAUUCACAACACAUCUGUUGCAGUUAAUGACAUCUUGGGCUGUUGUUUGUGAUGUUUGGUACUUGGAGCCACAAAAUCUGAAGCCAGGAGAAACACCCAUUGAAUUUGCAGAGAGGGUCAGAGACAUAAUCUCACAUCGCGCUGGCCUUAAAAUGGUUCCAUGGGAUGGAUAUCUGAAGUAUUCUCGUCCCAGCCCAAAGCAUAGAGAAAGAAAGCAACAGAACUUCGCCGAGUCGGUGUUGCGGCGCUUGGAAGAAAAAUGACUUCUACCUUUUGUAUAUUAUUCUUAUUAUUAUUUAUGCCAUUAUCCAACACUUUUUUGUUGUUGUCAAGUAGCCUAACGGCUAAACUCAUACACGUUAAGUGUAGAGAGAUAGAGAAUCUCAGGUUGGAACCCGAAUCCGAACCCCUACAUAUCAAUCUUCUCGUAGUUACCAACUGAGUUGUAUUUAUGGGGAGUACCUAUAAUUUUCUUCCAUUUUAAAUUUUAUGCCACUAUUUACAUUCAGUUA